AUGAAGAUUGAAGGACGCACUUUCGUCGUCUCCGGCGGCGCCUCUGGCCUCGGCCUCGCAACAAUCCAAUCCCUCCUCUCCGCCGGCGCCUCCGUUGCCCUUCUCGACCUCCCCUCCUCCCAAGGCCCCUCCCUCGCCCAAUCCCUCCCCCGCACAAUCUUCAUUCCCGUCGACGUGACCUCCACAAGCGACAUCACUGCGGCCGUAGAAAAAGUCAAAUCCUGGAUCGCCGAAACGGGGCAUCCCCUAGGCGGCAUCAUCCCCUGCGCGGGCGUCGGCUUGCCCGGUCUCAUCCUGGACAAGAAGCUUAACCCCGUCUCAUUGGAAAGCAUCGACUUCGUGCUGAACAUCAACCUGCGCGGCACGCUCGAUCUAGUUCGGCAAUUCCUCCCCCUUUUGGCCAAGGCCCCACCCGAAGGAAAAGACGGCGAGAGGGGCGUGGUGGUGAUGGUGGCCAGUGCAGCCGCGUUCGAGGGGCAGAUGGGGCAGGUAGCAUACGCAGCGAGCAAGGGCGCAGUGGCGUCCAUGACGCUGCCGAUGGCAAGGGACUUGUCGAGGUUUGGGAUCCGAGUUGUGACGAUCGCGCCGAGCAUGUUCGACUCGGCCAUGACGGCUAUGUUGUCGGAUAAGGUGAAAGAGGGGUUGCGAAAGGCAAUGGAAUUCCCGGCCAGGCCGGGCCAGCCGGAGGAGUUUGCUAGCUUGGUGAAGCAUGCCGUGGAGAAUAUCAUGUUGAAUGGCGUGGUGAUUCGGUUGGAUGGUGCGACCAGGAUGCCGAGCGAGGUUUAUGUGUCCGUGAAUGCCACACCAUCAUCACGCAUGAUGGGAUUUUGCGCCGACAAUGUCCAGCCUAUCGACCAAGAUGCCAUCUAUCCCUGCAACGCCAAACAAAGACAUUUGGUGGCAGAUCUCAGCUCCAGAUUCCCCAUCCUGAUCCCACACAGUAACCAGGUAACUCAUAAUUACGAUCCCAACUGA